AUGAAAAGUUCAAAUAUUAUUGAGAAGAAAAUUUCAAAACCAAAAUCAUUAAACGAUGAAUUUAAAUUUAAUUCUGUUAAAAAGUAUUUGUGGAAUUUUUGCGAAAUUUUAUUGUCAAUCAUCUCAGCUGUUUUAUUUGGAAGGUAUAUGCAGCAACUGCAUGAACUAAGAUAUUGGUUUACAAAUAUCAAGGAAGUCGAGCGAGAGAUUUCUCUUCGCACUGAGGCCGGACUCUACUAUUCAUAUUACAAAAACGCCGUGCCAGCAGAUAAGAGCCUAAACGACGUUUUCAAUGAAUUAAUUCAUGAUACAAGUACAGAAUAUCCACGAGAAAUCAAUAUUCUCCAGCGAUUUAAUAUCUAUCAGGAAAUUAUUUUAGCAUUUUUGUAUAAAUUUUUGGCUAAAUUCUCUUUUCUAUCUGGCUAUAUCCAAGCACCAAUAUUUUUCUAUGUAUAUUCAUGUUUUUUCAUCUCGGGUUUUGCCGUUAUGGCAUUACAGUUAUUGGCGUGGAAAAUCACCAGAAGUCAAUUUCUCGGUCCGCUUGUAUUUGCCUGGAUGGUGGUGAACUUGGAUGAUAGUACACGUGUAUUUUUCACGAUAAAUUUGCGCGAAAAUUUUGCUCUUCCAUUUCUUUGGAUUCAAAAUAUAUUUGUGGUGAUGACACUUCAGCGUGACAUUGAUAUUAAAGAAACUUAUAAGAAUGUUUUAUUUGUUUUAUCGACAUUUUUUUUUGCUCUAUUUUGGCAAUUCAGUCAGUUUGUAUUACUUCUGCAAGCAUUUUCCUUUAUCGCAAUUCGUUUUCUUAUUCCAUCAUUACGUAAUGAAAUAUUUUCAUUACUAUUUCGGAUAUUUUUUAGCGAUUGUUGCGCAAUUUAUGCAACCAAUGGCAAUAACAUCUGUGCUUUUAUCUUUCAACAUCGCUUUUUUAUGCUACAACAUAUGGCUAUUGAAAUUUUUUCGACUUGUUGUUUAACGAUAGUUAUGAGGUAUGUACUGAAUUCGUUAACCGGAAUUGAAGCCGAUUCUCAUAUAUGGGCAUUUGUUAACGCGAAAAUUGGAAUUUCACCAAGAACAUCGAAAACAGGGUGUUUACUCUUAUAUGUCCUUGCUAUGGUUAUUGUUACUGUAUAUUGCUGUUACGCUUUUAUUAAGAAAAUAUAUGACAAGAACUAUAGUGAAUCGAAAUUUGAUGAAGUUAUCGAUGCUGGUCUUAUAUAUUUUGCUUUUCAAUCCGGCCUUUGUGGAAUUAUCGCAAUUUUUACAUUAAGGAUGAAAUUUUUAUGGUUUCCACAGAUUAUUGUCAUUGCGGUUUGGCUUAUAUCAAGAAAUAAUAAAAAUUUUCGAAAAAAAAAAUCAAAAUUCACCUUUAGAAUUAUGUGGCUUUUUAUUCUGUUAUUAAUUUAUAAUUUAUAUCAAUAA